AAAAAUAAAUGCAUAUAAACCAUGUUCAUUAAGAUUCAAUAAUGAAUACAUCUUUAGCAAUUGUGGUAAUAAAUGAUAUAAUUUAGAACCAACAUCACAAUAAUUUUGACAUUUUGAUUGAUGAUGAGUCAGAACAUAAAUUCUGGACUAAUAAAAGGAAAUAUUAAUUCAAAUGUUUUUGUCGAAGAGUUGUUCUUAUGCUUUAUAACUCUGGUCCUGUUUAUUUUAGUUACAUGGUUGUGAGUCUCUAUAUUUUUAAAUUGUUAAGAAAGGUUGAUACUGAUAAGGCAUAUCGAUAAUAAUAUAUGAAGUAAUGUAUUUGAAUUUAUAAUAUAAUCAAGGCAAUAUGUAUAUGAUUACAUGCUUUGUAUUUGUAUAGCUUGUAUUUACACAAUCUUUCUUUAUGGACUAUUUCAUCAUUCUGGUAAUUCAAAUUAUUUAACAUUGAAGAAAUGUCAGAAGUUAAUAGAGAAUAUUUUCAUUGGGCAGUUAAUUGUGUUUUAUUCAUUAUGUUGUAUGCAAUAUUCAUAACUCAAAAAGAAUUGGUGAAAAUAGAAGAAGUGGAAAUAGAAAAAGCUGUAAGCAACCUCAUAUUAUAAAGUUUAGCAAUAAAUUAGAACUCAAAAAGAUAAGGAAUAGAGAUAUGUAUUUUCUUUUAACAUUUCCUUCUUAUUCAGUUAAUAAAAUUUCUACAAUAUUGGUUUAGGUAGAGCACAUAUGGAUUUCAUUAAAGCUUAAGACUCUUAGGACAAAGACAAUCUUAAUACAAUCUAAUAGUUUUCUAAAUAAUGUGAUCACAUUAUAGAUAAAGAGAAUCUUGAUCCAACUAUGAUUUACUUUAGUAUGUGCUCUGAUUUUAUUAAUAAUGAAAUGCAAUCAUCACCUAUGGCAAAGAAAAGGAAAUCUAAAAAUCUUAAAGAAGUUGAAAAGGCUAAAUCUGUAUUGGAUUAUCUUUAAGAUUUAGGUUUUAAUGGUAAUCGAGGUGUUUUUUAACACUUUCUAUUACCGCAUUAUAUUUAUACUAGAAAAUUUUUAAUUCCAGAUCGAAAUUUACAAAUCAUUGUAGUGAUAACUCUAAUAACUUUAAAAGUCUUAAUACCAAUAUUCUUUUUAUUUUGGCCCAUUCAUCCAUAUACUCUAAUUUAUUCAGUUAUAUUUAUGGGAUUUUAUAUGCAUUUUUUAUCAAUUAUAUUCUAAUUAGUAUUGAAUGAUGAUCUGAAGACUAGAAAUUAUAUUCUAUAAGCUUUGAAUAAGAUUAUAACAAUUGAUAUGGAGUAAGAAAAUGCACUUCAUGAAUUAAUUGAUAUUACUUGUUCACUUAGUUUAUAGAGUUGGAAUUUAAUGAGAACAGUUGUUAUAUACAUUGAAAAGAAAAAGAAAAUUGAAUAUAAUUAUGUAUAUGGUUUUCUUGCACUUUAUGGAGCUAUGUGCUUUGGUGGAUUUACUUUGUGCAAUUUUGAAUUACCAUUUUUGUAAGCCAUUAAUUAUUGUGAUGAUGAUGUUCUAUUAUAUAAUAUUCAUGCGGAUAUUGUAUUAUCUUUUAUAAUUUGUAUGGGUAGAAUCUAUUAAGGUUCUAAUUUCAAUCAGACAUUCAAUGAAAUAGAUUCAGUAAGAUAUGAUAUUAAUAUUAGAAUAUUCAUAAAUUGACUGCCAUAUAUGAAGAUUUAUACACAUUGUUUGAUUAUUAUUUUAAGAAUAAAGAUUUAGUUGAUAAUAGAAUAUAUAAGUAGGUCAUUGAAUUAAUUUAUACAUAUGCUAAAAAGAGAAUGUCUAUGCCUUUAUAAAGGAAUGUUAAGAACAAAGUAGAUAUUAUUGAAACUGAAGAGAUGGUCAUUAUGAGAGAUAAAGUGGGUGAAAUCAAAAGUUGUUUGGAAAAGAUAUAAAGUAAUGUAGAAAGAGAUGUAAAGAAAUGUCAUGAUAAAUUUAUUGGUAUUUUCGAUGCUAAUUUUAAAAAGCAAAUGAGAAUUAUGAUUUUUGUCAUUAUUACAUUUGUACCCUCUUUAUCAACAAAGUAAUAUUAUACAUUUAUUUAAUAGAGUGUACAAAUAUCUUAGUUAGAUGAUGUGA